GUCAUUUUCCAUCCAUUGAAAUGUCUCCAACACUAAUUUUUCCCUUUAUUCCUUGCUAUUUAACAUCUCCGCUUCCCUAUAAACUUUCCCAAUUGUUUGCUUCCUUCAAAAAAAUGGUCACAAUCCGAGGAUGGUGGUGUACGAGAGCUUGUGAUCCAACACGCCCGUGUUUUGCCCCAGGCUGCCCCAACUCCCGACAACCCUGCAACCCGAACCCAUAUUUCUUUCCGGGUUUCGGGCCUCGCCCGAGGUAUAACCCGGGUCGGAACCCGUAUUACAACCCGAACCCGCCUCCUUUCCGGGGCCAUUUGGGCUUCAGGCCGCCACGCCCACCUCCACCACCGAAUCCGAUGGGCUCGUACCCGAAUCAGAAUGACCCGGAUGGCGCACUUCGGAUUGGAGUUGGUAACGUAUCCAGUACUGAUAUCGAGAUAGAUAUACGCGAUAAUUUGACGACCGGCGCGCGAAACCGGGUUAAUAUCGGGUCAGGAAACCGUGCUGCGCGAUCCAAUAUGGGGUCGGUAUCCAAUAAUCAAGCGGACGCGGAUGAUUUGGUGCUGGGUUCGGAUAAUUGGUCGAAGGGCGGGGAUAAUGACAUACGGGUAACGAAUAAUGAUUUUCGCGGGUUUGGGCUGGUUCGGGUCGGAAGUGGGAAUUAUGCCCGCGGGAGUAAUCGGAUCGUGGUUGACGCGUUGGGAUCCGAUAACAAUACCGGCCCGCAGCAAGGGGGUCAUCAGAGGAGACGGUGGUUGUUUUAAUUUUCUUUUUUGACGAGAUGUACUUAGUAUGCAAGGGUUUGCUUGAUAUGUGUAGUGUUGUGCUUCCGAAUUCUACAAAUAAUCACAAGUUGUUAGUAUUUAUACAUUA